AUGGCUGCAUCCGGUAUCAUUAUUGGUUCUAACAAAGGCCACAAGGUCGAAGCAAAGGCUGUUCCAGCAAGACAAUCCUUCAAGAAGGGUUCUAAGUCCCAAAGAACCACUUUUGUCAGAUCUUUAAUCAGAGAAGUUGCUGGUUUAGCACCAUAUGAAAGAAGAGUUGUUGAAUUGAUCAGAAACGCUGGUGAAAAGAGAGCAAAGAAGUUUGCAAAGAAGAGAUUAGGUACUCAGAAGAGAGCUUUAGCAAAGGUUGAAGAAAUGAACGCAAUCAUUGCUCAAUCCAGAAAGCACUAA